AUGCGCAUCUUGUUCAUAUUGGUGUUCGUAUCCUAUGGAUUCUCCAGGUUUUCUCGAGAUACCAGUGAUAAAAUUCUCCAGCUCUCCGUUGAUCGUAUGGAAAAAAUCGCAAGAAUCACAUAUGGAAUUUAUGUUCAAAAAGGAUUAACCGACGGUGAAAUUUCCAUUGACGAGAUUUUCAAAAUCAAGAAUCUGAAUCAAGUUUUCGAAGAUUCUGGAGCCCUGGAAAACGAAUUGAAAUCUCUGGUUACUGUAUCCCAAUCGCUGAGAAAAAGUCCAGAUAUCGAGAAGAAUCAGCAAUAUUUCCUGGCUCUGGAAGCUAUUCGAAAGAAAGUUGAUGGAUUGGGUGAUGUGGAAAAGUGGGCGGAGUCGGGAGAGAUUCAGAAGAUAACCCAGAGUUUGAAAGAUAAGGAAAUCGAUCUUCCGAAGGUUGAGAGCUUCUUGGAAUAUUGUGGAAAAUUGGAUGAGGCAUUCGUAUUUCUAACGGGCAGGAAGAAUUUGGAUGACGCUGCGGAUAAACUUUUAGCCACCGGAUACUUUUCGGUUUUAAAAAAUCGAGGAAAUUCGCUGGCUUCUGAAAUGAAACUUCUGAAUUCCGAUCAUCAAGACGUCAAGACUGUCUUCGGUAUCAAAAGUGUCAAGGAUCCAUUAUCAGUGAUUUUCCAAGCCACGGAUGCUUCCAAAGAAUUCAAUAAACAAACCAAAUCGUUUACUGUAGAUCCUGAUGCUAGAAACAAGAAUUUUGAGAAUUUCAAGGAUAUUUGGGAAUAUUCUCAAAAGUCUAAUACAAAUAUUCAAGCUCUAAAAUCAAUUGAAGAUUUGAUGACGUCAUCUGGAGAAACUUUUAAUCCAACGACAUUUGAAAAAAUGUUUGAUGAUUUGAAUGAUCCUUGGGUGAAGUCAGUUAUUAAAUCUCCCGAAUUUCCGAAGUCUCUGGAAAGUCUGAAACUCUUCGAAGCGUCAUAUCUAAAGAAAAUUCAAGCCAAUUUGAAAGGAUCCAGAGGUCAAAACAUUCCAAUUUUUGAUCUACUUUUAAAUUCGAAUUACAAUCCAACGGAAGCUGAAACUGUGGCGAACGAAUUUACAAACUGUCGAAAGAAACUUCCUGUGUCAAAGGUGCUAACUGCUGAUAUGGAUUCGUUGAAAGCGGGUUCACAAAAUAUGGAAAAGUCAGUUGACGGCUUGAAAUCAGUGCUUGAUGGACUUAUUGAAAUUUCAAAGGACGCAGAAUUCCAACAAAUGCUCUCCGAUGUCAUUGGAUUUGCUGAAUCAAGUGUUGGUGACUUGCAAAGUGCCUUUGUCAAGUUCAAAAGCUAUCAGGAUUACGGUAAAUUCAAUCAAAAAGUUUUAAAGAUCAAAAGUCUGGUUGAGAAGAUCAAAAAUCUAAAGUCCGAGUUGAAGAUCCACGCUUUAGCUGUUCAUGAUAAUGUAGGCAAAGUUGUCGAUUAUCAAAAUAGCUACAAGUCAUUAUCCGAAGGAUUUGGAUGCUUGAAAAAUGUCAAAAAUUCUGGAAAUCUCAUUGGGAUGAUUGAUCUUGCUAGAAAUAUGGGAAAACUGAGUUCGAGCUCUUUGGAUCCCUUGGAGAAGUAUAUUGAGAAGAUUGAAAAAAUCUCUCCAGAUCUAAAGAAACUCCAAAACGACAUGAACUCUCUCAAAGGAAAGGGAUCGGAUGGUUUGGAUCUUUUGAAGGAUCGGAAGACUCAUUCGGAAGUGAUUCAAAUGGCCACCCAUGGAAUCGGUGCAAUGAAGACUGCAAUUGAAAAGAAGGCGGAGAUUCAAAAGAUGGUUCCAGAACUGAAAUUGGUUGAUGAUCUAAAGAAAACUUCAAAAUCCUUGGAUCAAAAAGAUUUGGAUAAUUUGGACUCCUUGGUCAUGAUGGAAGCCUCUCUUGAUGAAAUGUAUCAGGGCUUGGAAUCUUGGAAAUCGUCUCUCAAAAAUCCAGAAUUCACGAAUCUGAUCGAUCAUCAUGAGAUUUUUGUCAAAGCCAAAGCUGUUUCUGGAUUGUCUUUGGAUCUUUUGGAAAUUGGAACUUCGUUGGAAAAGUUGAUCGGGGAAACGACGGAUACUCAGAAGAAAGCCAAAUUGGAGGAGGUUCUGAAAAUGGUUGAUGAGAUGGCAUUCGUUGGAAUGGAGUUUUCAAGGUAUUCCAAAAGUUUCGAUGAUUCUAAGAAGACGUUGACAGCACUGGACACUUUCUUUGCUAGUUUUGCCAAGAAUCCGUCUGGAUCUUCUGGUUCUUCUGCUCUUUCGACAACUCAAAAUUCGGCUGAAUCACCUGACCACACCACUCUGAUCUGCGUGAUUGCAUUGAUUCUACUCCUAAUCUUCGUUGUUGGUGGUGUUUGGGUGUUUCGGAGGUGUAAGAAGAAGAAGCUGAGAAGAAAGAAUGCACUCGCGCCGCUCACACCAAAUGGCGUCAUCAGUGUCCCGAAAAAACCUCCAACUAAAUCUUCAACUAAAUCUUCUACUAAACCUGAGAAAAAACUGCAACCUUCAUUACCUCUGGAUAACACUCAAUCAGAUCACAACUCUUCAAAAUCAAAGAAAUCGGCAAAGAAAGUGGGACACAAAGAAGACCUUUCAGAGAAUAAAACUCAAGCUGAUGACGCUUGGUGUUUGGAACAUUACAUAUUUCAGUUACUCACCUCAAAAAAACCUCGAAAAUCGAGCUUUAUUCCGUUCGCUCACUUGACUCAUCACUGCACGAGCCCGUUUCAUUGGACUUCUCACCUUAAAGGUGGGGGGACAGGAGAUUUUACGGGGGAUUUUUGGGGCCAGAGUAUGCAUUCUACCGUGACGGUGUAUAACGCUUAA